CUCCUUUGCAUCCUUCCCCUCGACCUUUGAGGCGUCCACAAGCACAAGACAUCAUCCUGAUGUAGAAGAUGAUAUCGGAAUGGACCUCGAUGAAGACGACUUUGAGGAGAACGUGCAGAGGCUUACGGUGCCUGGAGAGCCCAUUACAUCCUCCCAUGCGUUCAUGCGAGGGCACGGAACGUUUGUAGACAGCGAGGAGGUCAUUGCAUCGGUAGCUGGGACUGUUGAACGCGUGAACAAACUCAUCACUGUCCGUUCAGUGCGGAGCAGAUACAACCCGGAGGUUGGUGACCUCGUCGUAGGUCGCAUUACUGAAGUGCAACCGCGGCGAUGGAAAGUCGACGCGAACUCACGGCAAGACGCCGUCCUUAUGCUCUCGUCAGUUAACCUUCCCGGUGGCGUGCAGCGCCGUAAACUCGAAAGCGACGAGCUGCAAAUGCGCACGUUCUUCGAAGAGGGCGACCUGCUCGUGGCUGAGGUGCAAGCGUUCUUCGCGGACGGCGCGAUGUCUCUCCACACGCGUUCCUUGAGAUACGGGAAGCUGCGAAAUGGGCAACUUGUGGCCGUUCCCCCCAUUCUCAUCCGGCGACUGAAGUCGCAUUUUGUCACGCUGCCCUGCGGCGUGGACCUCAUCCUCGGGUUGAAUGGGUACAUCUGGGUCAGCAAGCACGUAAAAGCAAGCGAGCAGGAAGGCGAGGAGGGCUUCGACGCCGAGGCUGUGUACUCAAAUAGGAACGACACAAUUGACGACGCGACCCGCGUCGCUAUCUCCCGCGUGAGCAACAUCAUCAGGGUUCUCACGGCGCACUUCGUCCCGCUGUCGGACACCAUACUGCUAGAAGCGUAUGAGUGGGUGGUCGAGCAGGAGAGCGAUGUCCGCGACGUAUUGAGUGACGAGUUGGGAGAAAACCUUGUCGCGAGUCUCGGCGUAGGCAUACGACAAUGAUAACAAAACCAUCUUUCGCAUGCGUCACACGCCA